AUGCAAUUUCUAGAUCAUGUAUUCGUGAUCGGAACGUGCUCCGUGGUGUGUCAACAGUGGCAUCAAAUUUCUUCCAAGAUUCCUUUCCAUUUCAAUUUUAAACACAAAAGACGAGCCUUGAUUCCACUCAUUUUGAAUUCAACUCUGAAUUAUGAAUUGAACAUCAUUGAAUUAAAUUUAAAUGACAUGAACUUGGGAGAUGAUUUUAUUGAAAAGUUGUCGUCCAAUUAUGGUAUGAUGACAUUGAAACACUUGAAAAUUUUAAAAAUUAGAAAAUGUUGUCGUGAGAAUGGUGUGAAAUGGAUUGCAACAAGUUCCGUAAUGAAAAAUUUAACACAAUUGAACAUUUCUGAUUGCAAUGUUGAUUCUGACAUGCUCAGCGUGGUUGCUACCAGUUCAUACAUGCAAAACUUGACCAAGUUAAAUAUUUCAAGUAAUGGAUUUGAUGAUGACGGAGUGAUUUCAUUGUCAAAAAGUGAAUACAUGUCCAAUCUCACUUCUCUAAAUAUGAACAGGUGUGGAUUUACAGAAAUUGGGAUGAUUUCUUUGAUCCAUAGUCCGUACAUUCGAAAUUUGAGAUCGUUGAAAUAUGCAAGUGAUCAUUCAGCAUUAUCAGCAGAAACUGUCGAGAGAAUGGCUUCUUCGGAUCAAUUUAAACAUUUAACCAAGCUUUCGUUGUGCGAAUUAUUGGAAAACGACAGCUAUUCAACAAUUGCUAAUAGUGAAACUAUGAAAAACUUAACAUCAAUUACAAUCAACCAGUCAAUAUUGUUAGAACAUGCAAUUCAAUGCUUUGCAUCAAGUCCUUUCAUGUCCAAUUUAACUGAAAUAUCAGCUAAUGACCACAUUCACGAGAACGACAAUACCUCAGGAGGAGAGCUCGCUAUUGCCCAAUCCAAAUAUCUCAAAAAGUUGAAACGUCUCCAUAUCUAUUCCAGAAACGAUCAAGUGCUCAAAGAAUUAUUUACGAGUGAAAAUGUCAAGAAUUUGACUGAAUUGAGUGGAGUCAUGUAUUUAUCAAUCAAUAGAUAUUUGACCAAAUUGAAAUACUUGAGACUUGUAGACUUUCCAGACGAUGCAAUUGAAUCUAUUUGUCAGUCAGAAAACAUUUCAACAUUGAUUGCUCUUGAAUUGAGAAGUGAUCGUCAAAACUCCUCUUCCUCAUUAAUUUCCAUUGCAAAAAGUCCUUUUCUUAAGAAUUUACAACAAUUAUGUCUUGGAUUUAUCGAUUAUCCCAACAAGGGAUUUGAAGAAUUGUGUGCUUCACAAAACAUGAAACAUUUACAAGUGCUUGAAAUUGGUAAUCUUUCCACAAAUGCCUUAGAAUGUAUUCGUGAAAGUCCCUAUUUGAAUCAGCUUAGAGUUUUGCAAUUAUUGGCAGACGGAUAUUGGUUUUAUAUAUAUGGAAACAUUCAAAACUGUACUGUAUUAGCCAAUUGUUCGAACAUGUCAAAUUUAACAGAAUUGGAUCUUUCUUUCAAUGCCAUAGAUGAUGAAAGUGCAGUCGCCAUUGCCAAUGGUUCACAUUUGAAUAAUUUAAGAAAAUUAUGGUUGUUUGAGAAUGCAGUUGGCAAUGAGGGAUUUCUUGCUUUACUAAAAAGUAGCUGUUUAAGGUUGGAUUAUCUAGAUUUAGCUUAUAACAGUAUUAAGGAUGAUGCUGUUGAGGACUGGAAUGAGCUCGUUCCAUAUGCGACCUACAUGACAUUGUUAAAACUUGAAGGGAAUGAUAUCACUGAAGAACAUCUUUCAUUAGUUUGUCGAUGGUUUUAA